AUGUCAGAAGAACAAGACUUGAAUACCGUUCUCUUCACGAUCAUGGGAGAUUUACAGACCCUGAAAAUUCAGAUGGGGGAGACCAGGACUCAGUUUGCAGAAUCAGAGGCUCGUUCGACAGCUAGGAUACGGAUGGAGGUCGCUAGGUCACCACCCAUUGCUUUGACUACUCUUACUGAAUCUGGUGACAUCGAAACGUUAAAGAUGGAAUCUACAGCGAUGCGCAAUGCAACCAUCUUUGUGUCGGAGUUUGUGCUGCACUGUGAGGUCACAUCACAAAUUCGAAGCUUUACAGUUGUUGCCUUGGCCAUCAUUUAUCUGGUGACCCUUGUUGGAAACACUUUGGUCCUUCUGGUAAUAAUCCUGAACCACCAACUCCACACUCCCAUGUUUGUUUUGAUUGCUAUCCUGGCUGUUAUAGACUUGCUAAACAACACUAACCUCAUCCCUAAAAUGAUGGCUCUUCUUCUCUUUGACACUUCUCCAGUACCAUACGGCGCCUGCGUGCUUCAGAUAUUAAAGAAGAAAUCUACAGCGAUGCACAAUACAACCAUCUUUGCAUCUGAAUUUCUGCUACACUGUGAAAUCACUUCAGAGAUUCGAAGCUUCACAGUUGUCACCCUGGCCAUCAUUUAUCUGGUGACUCUUUUUGACUUGUUACACAACACUAACCUCAUCCCUAAAAUGAUGGGUCUUCUCCUGUUCAACAAUCCUCCAGUACCAUUCGGUGCCUGCUUGAUUCAGAUGUUCCUGGUCUUUCAUCUAGAGUUAGUAGAAGCCGUUCUCUUCACUCUCAUGGCGUGUGACCGCUAUAUUGCUGUUAUCCACCCAUUAAGAUACCCUCAACUUAUUGCCUACGCAGCACUCAAGAUUUCAUCAUCUGAAGGCAAGGGGAAGGUCUUCGACGUGCUCAUCACCCACCUGCUCGUGGUGUUACUCUUCUAUUUGCCGUUGCUGACUGCUUUCAUUUUACCUGGAUUAGGAGUGAAGCUGUCAACUGAAGCCUACAACGCUUUGAUUAUAGUCGCUACUAUUGUACCCCCGAUGAUCAAUCCCAUCAUCUACAGUUUUAGGAACAAGGAAAUGAAAAAUGCAAUAAAGAAACUUUUCAUGGGGAAAAGAACGACUCCAGAAAUCAAGAACCAUAAAUGA